UUCACCACUUUAUCAGGAAAUAUAACUAACUAAAGUUACCAGUACUUUUUUUCCAAAUUGGAUUUUUGGAACAAUCUCCUGAAUGUUUACUGAGGAGUUUCUGACAAGUUGAACUUCUGUUGGGCUAAUGACAGUCUUUUAAUCACAGGCUUUAAAACACCUCUACCUCUGCACUGUUGGAAUGGACUAAAGGUGACAAAGAGUGCUUAACUAGACGGGCAGAGAGGAGGACGUGGGGGUUCAGACGUCAGACUUGGGAUGACUUUCUACCUGGAGAAACUUCAAUCAACUCUGCUGUAGGAGGACAAGGCAACUGAGGGAGCUUCAUCAAUACUCUGCAGUUAUCUCGCUUUGGUGAGUUGGACACAAAGUCAUGGAGCCCCGUUCAAUGGUCCUGCUGGGGCUCCUUCUAGCUUAUGGACUGGUCUGUGGUGUCCAGCAGACUCAAGGGAGUCCAUCCGAUAGCAGCCACGGCAGGGAAAGGGCCCAAGAAAUUGAUAGUAGCGAUGGUCUAGAAAAAGAGUUUAUCCAUGCAGGAAGGAGCAAACGAGCUCCAGCUGACCAGCCGCAGGACAAGUGCUCGUACACUUUCAUUGUGCCUCAACAAAGAGUGACAGGAGCUAUCUGUGUCAACUCCAAGGAGCCUGAGGCCAUGCUGGAGAAUCGGGUCAACAAGCAGGAGUUAGAGCUGCUAAACGUGGAGCUACAGAAACAGAAGAGGCAGAUUGAGACCCUACAGCAAUUGGUAGAGGUGGAUGGAGGCAUUGUCAAUGAGGUCAAGCUUCUGAGGAAGGAGAGUCGAAAUAUGAACUCCAGAGUCACCCAGCUAUACAUGCAGCUGCUCCAUGAGAUCAUCAGGAAGAGAGACAAUGCCCUAGAGUUGGCUCAGAUGGAGAACAAGAUCCUGAACCAAACCUCUGAGAUGCAACUACUUACCAGUCGAUACAAAGACCUAGAGCACAAAUAUCAGCACCUGGCCUCUCUGGCCACUAACCAAUCAACUCUUAUUGCUCUGUUGGAAGAGCAGUGCCAGAGUCGUCCUCCCCCCCGUCAUGUCCCUGUCCCCCAGCCGCAGCCCAGGCCCCAGCCCCAGCCCCAGCCCCAGCCCCAGCCCCGGCCCCAGCCCCGGCCUCAGCCUCCACCUCCACCAUCACCACCUAUCAACAGGCCUUACCAGCCACCAGUCCUUCCACGUGCUAACAACCCAAUCAGCAACGAGAUCCAGAGCGACCAGAAGUCUCUACCGCCGGUCCUUCCAACAAUGCCUGCUGGCACACACAGCCCAUCCACCACAGAUAAACCCUCUGGUCCUUUUAAGGAUUGUCUGCAGGCUCUGGAAGAUGGCCACACUAACAGUGGCAUGUUCCUGGUGAAGCCAGAUAAUGCCAACCGACUUAUGCAGGUGUGGUGUGACCAGAGACAUGACCCAGGUGGCUGGACUGUGAUCCAGAGGAGGAUAGACGGCUCUGUCAACUUUUUCAGGAACUGGGAGACGUACAAGCAAGGCUUUGGCAAUAUUGACGGUGAGUACUGGCUAGGUCUGGAGAAUAUCUACUGGCUGACUAACCAAGCAAAUUACAAACUGCUCAUCACGCUGGAGGACUGGUCUGGCAGGAAGGUGUUUGCUGAGUAUGCCAGCUUUAGAGUGGAACCUGAAGCUGACUUCUACAAGCUACGGGUGGGUCGUUACCAUGGCAACGCCGGUGACUCCCUCACCUGGCAUAAUGGCAAACAGUUCACAACACUGGACAGAGAUCAUGAUACCUAUACAGGUAACUGCGCCCACUACCAGAAAGGAGGGUGGUGGUACAACUCCUGUGCCCACUCUAACUUGAAUGGAGUUUGGUACAGAGGAGGACACUAUCGUAGCCGCUACCAAGACGGAGUCUACUGGGCUGAGUUCAGAGGAGGAGCCUAUUCGCUAAAGAAAGUGGUCAUGAUGAUCCGUCCAAACCCAAACACUUUCCACUAGGCAUAAAAAAAACAAGUGCCAUAUCUCUCACAAAACAAAACAAAACUUUACAGGUUCUCAAUUCCAUGUCAUCACCACCUAUCUAGCCAGGUGAAAGUGCAAUAUCAAAACAUCAGGCCAAUAUUUUGGUACCUCCUGACAAUUCAAAGAAUUUGUGCACUGUUAUUUAGUUGUCUGUACCAUUUUCCCUUGUAUGACUCAGUAAAGAUGUGCUCAUUGCUCAGGAGUUGUGUACACUGUCUCUAGGUACGGACAGUGCCUUAUUUUGAUCUGUGUGAGAUUUUAAUUUGACAUGAAAAGGACCGAUUACAAUCAUUCAGUUAUGUAGCUUUGAGAUAGGAACCCUACAAUAUAUAUUUAGUAUAUACUGUAGGUGUAGUACUUUGCAGUAACAAGCAAAUGACGAUGACACAGGAAAUGUAUCCAGUGACUGUCUUUUAAUUUCAUUCUAAAUAUAUUUUUUCAAAAUGUGCAAUUUAUAGGAACACUUGCAGGCUUGAUACAGGGUUGAUAUUCUGGUCUAUUAUAAUAAAAUGUACUUUACACAAUAAUGCCAUUUUCUUUUCUAACAUAAAAACCCCAGUUUUGCAAAAACAAAUAGUUAAUGUCAAUAUCAAUACCUGACUUUAUGAAGUGUUUGUCUGUUUAUGCAAUACUUAAUAGAUCUACCAAAAGUUUGAGUUUUGUCCUGUUUUGUUGUUUUUUUAAGUACUUGUUUUAAAAUCAUCAAUUGCUUUAACAGGUAUCUACCAAUUUGCUUGUAUGAAUCAAGCACUGUAUUUACUGUAUAAAUUUAGUGGUUUGUUGAUGUCAAUAGACCCAACACAUUGCGUUUGUACAUAAGAUAUUUGUAAUAUAAUGUAUUAAAAACCUAUUCUGUCAUUAUUAAGUUGCA